AUGUUAAAAAACAUCAUAAAAGCAUUAGGAAUAAUUAUAUUUAUUUAAGAAACAUUCUAAACUUAAGGCAAUAUUCCAAUAAAUAUUUCCAGUUUAGAUUCUUCUUUAUAAGAUAUACAUUGGUGCGGAGAAAAUUCUACAAACGAUUAAGGUGUAGUUUUAUUAACUUCAAAAGGAAGUGUUUAUAUUUCUGAAAACAGAGGAAUAAAUUGGUAAAAAAAAGUUGAAUAAUUUAUUAGAGAAGGAAUUAAUGCAUAAUAAAAUCUUAAUGAAGAUGUCGGAUAUGUAUACAAAAUGAUUGCUAGUCCUAUAAAUUCUAAUGAAAUUGUAUUUAUUGGAUCUUAAGGAAUUAAUUGGAUUUCAACUGAUUGUGGAAUUACUGUUAAAUCUUUAGGAGCUAAUAUGAAUUUAAAAGAAUUCGCUUUCCAUCCAGUUGAAAGAACUUGGAUGAUGGCUUCUUCUUGGUCUACUUGUGAUUCUAAUUCUUAAAAAAUACUAAGAAUGAUUGUGUAGUUACUAAAGAUUUAUAUUUGUCACAAAACUUUGGUUAAAAAUGGAAACUUUUAACCAAAUAUGUUGUUUAGUUUGCAUGGUAUAAUUAAAUUUAGUUCAUUUUUUUUAUUAAUAUAAAGGGCUUAAAAAUAUAUAAUUGCACACGAUAAAAUUCCUAUGUAAAGAAUUCUUUAUUUUAAGGAAAUCGGAAGUAACAAGAUAUCAAAAAAAAAAAAAAAAAAAAAAAAAUUUUAAAUAGAUAUUGGAUCAUAAAGAAUUUAAGGCUGGAAUAUGAAAACUCAUUUAUUUUAUUCAGAUGACUUUUUAUAAAACGAAUAAAAUAUGAUAGUUAAUUAAGGAAAUAAAUUCUUAAUAACUGAAAAUUACCUAUUUGCAGCACAAGUAUUUAAUAGUGAAACACAAGAAGUAAAGUUAAUGGUUGCUAAUGCAAACUCUUUUAAUUAUAAUUUUGAUUAUGUAGUAAUCGAUUAGAAUAUUUUUUAACAUUCAUUUACAAUUUUAGAUACAUCAGAAGGAUAAGUUUUUCUCAAUUUAAAUUAAUAUGGAUCAAAAUCGCCUUUAGGAGAAAUUUAUUAAUCAGAUUCAACAGGAAGAAGAUAUUCAUUAUCACUAUAAAAUAAUAUGAGAAGCUAAGAUGGUUAAUGUGAUUUCGAAAAACUAUAUGGAGUUGAUGGUAUAUAUAUAGCUAAUGUAUAUGAUGGAAAGAAGGUCGAAUAAUAUAAAAAAGAUUUAUAAUAAUAAAGCUAAACUGAAGGGGAUGAAAAUAUAGAAAAAAAUCAUGAAAAACCAAAUUUAGAGAAGUAUUUAUAAACAAGAAUUACCUUUAAUAAAGGAGGAGAUUGGAUUAAAAUAAGAGCUCCUUCAAAAGAUUCGUAAGACCAUAGAAUAGAUUGUGACUAUUCAAAAGGGUGUUCUCUUCAUUUACAUUCGGUAUCUUCUAAAAUGGAAUUCGGACCAGUUUAUUCAAGCGAAAACAGCAUUGGAUUAGUUAUAGGAACAGGAAACAUUGGAUAUUAUUUAUAACAAAAAGCAAAUAAAACAAAUACUUAUUUAUCCAGAGAUGGAGGAUUAAGCUGGUUUGAAAUAAAAAAAGGCUCCCAUAUAUAUGAAAUGGCUGAUCAUGGGGCUUUAAUAUUAUUAGCUCCAAAUUAAGUAUCUACAGACAGCUUAUAUUAUUCAUGGGAUGAAGGUUUGACUUGGAAUACAAUAAAAAUAAGUACUACUUUGAUUAAUAUAAAUAAUAUAAUCACUGAACCAGGAAACAUUUCGGAUAAAUUUAUUAUUUAUGGAGAGUUAGAUAAUCAGGAAUUAGAGGAAAACAAAGGAGUUGUAAUUUCUAUAGAUUUUUCGAGUUUACAUCCGAGAGUUUGCGAAGGAUAAGAAUCUCCAGGAAAUGCUGACUCUGAUUAUGAAUAUUGGGUUCCCCAUAAUCCAGGAGAAGGGUGUCUUUUGGGAAAAGAAAUUAAAAUUGUCAGAAGAAAAAGAAAUGCCUAGUGCUUUAAUUCGGAAAAUUUCGAAAGACCUGUUUCAGUAAGAAGAUGUGAGUGUACAGAAUUAGAUUGGGAAUGUGAUUUGGGGUUCGAAAGAGUCACUAAAGAUAGUGUUCAUUAAUGUAUACCUAUUUAGGGGUAUUAAGGGAAUGUCUUUUAGGAAGAAUGUACUGAUUAUUAUUUUGUUAGUAAUGGAUAUAGGAAAAUUGCAGGCAAUUAAUGUACUGGAGGAAUCGAUCAUGAACCUACUAAGGUUUCUUGUUUGAUUUUUGGAGUUUUUAAAAGAAAUGGAUUCUUUAGUUAAUUAUUGUUCUUUACUUUUUUAGGAUUUAUGGCUUAUUUUGGAUAUUAAAAUAAGGAAAAAGUAAAAAAAAUCCUCACAAAUAUUAAAGUUGACCUAAUGGUAGAAAAAAUUAGAGAGUUGUUAAAUAAAAAUAAUAAUGUGUAAAAAGGAUAUGUUAAUUUAAGUUAAAACGACGAAGAAACCUUUAGGAACGGCGAAAGUCAUAAAGAAUCAUAUUAAAGUAACUAAGAUAAAGAAAGACAAGAAGAAGAUGAUUUAAUUAAUAAAAUGGUUUGA